AUUAUAUCAAUGAUUUCAACUGCAGGUACGGCAGAACAAUCCCGGUGCAGAUCAUGGGAUAUUCCGACCCGAACGGACAAGAGUUGAAUUCGCGGGGAUGACAUCAGAGCCUAUCCAUAAUACAAACUGAAAAAGUCCCAAAGCUUUGAUUCAUGCAUUUUUUUUCUUCUCCCCGGCCUCUGGAGCAAGCGGCAUCCUUCAUUGCCAACGUUUGUACUAGUACAGUACACCCUGCAGCAGAGCAAGGUCACCAAGCAUGAUAAAGACUCGACAUUUUUUAUCCUCUACCCCAUACCUCCCCCUUUGGCGAAGUCUGCACCUGGGGCCGGAGAGGUAAUGGUGGGGCAAAAAGUGUUCGGGUGUCUGUGUGCAUGAAACCUCGCUUUUAAUCAUCACAAAAGAGGACAGAUCUCUGGGCAGGGGGGGCAGAAAGGCUUACGACUUCUGAAUAUGUUCAGUUUGCUCGUGCACAUUAUACAGGAGGUCACAAGGGAAUGUGGAAACAAUUCGGCGAUAUUCUACCAUCAUCUUUCGCGCGUUGCUGCCACUUGCUUCCGGUAUGAACCUGUUCUGCGAUCAGGGAACACCCCACCCAUUCAUAGAAGUGAAAGGACCCCCCAACGCCAACACACACUUCACCACACCGCACUCCGCACACUCAACCAACCAAAACAAAACCAUCCAGACCAACCCCGUGUAAAGGUAGUCCACAGCAUUCCCCUUAAAUUUCUGCGACGACAACGUUUUUUACUCACAAACAGCAAAAAUGCGAAUCAAAAUCCGCGCACCGAACGGUUCCCAGGUCCUCGCAUUAUCACCAGAGACGACAAUAUCCUCCUUUCUCUCAGAGAUCCGCUCAAAGACAUCUCUAUCCGGCGACGUCGAGAUCAAAUAUGGCUACCCGCCUAAAUCUCUGCAUCUUAGCGAGUACCCAUCGUCAACCCUUCUCAGGGAUAUCCCCACCAAGCUCGAAGGCGAACAAUUAAUCAUAUCCGAGACAAAAUCGAGCGCUCCGUUUUCCUUCUCCGGAGGCGCACAAGAUUCCACUUCGCAGCCCGACGCGCCCUUGACCUUAAAUCGGUCCCUGAAACCCAAGAUCAACAAAGACGAUCCUCCCGAUGUUCCCCUAAAGAGUGGACGUGGAACGAUGGUUCUACGCGUGAUGGAAGAUGACAACAGUUGCCUUUUCUCGGCCAUAAGUUACGUCGCCACGGGCUCCCUUUACUCGGCCGCCGAGCUGCGCCAGCUUAUCGCAACCACAAUCCAGGAAAACCCAGACAUCUACAGCGAAGCAGUUUUGGAGCAAAAGCCAGACGGUUACUGUGAGUGGAUCCAGAUGGAGAGUUCUUGGGGCGGCGGAAUCGAGCUAGGAAUUUUCGCAAAUUUCUUCGAUCUAGAGAUAUGCACCAUCGAUGUCUCUACAAACGAAGUCAUCCGAUUCAACGAGGGAAAAGCGAACAGAGCUGUCGUGGUUUAUUCCGGUAUCCAUUACGACACAAUCGUCCUAUCACCCGCCGGAUCCCGAACAAAUGAUCCCUCCAAGGACAAGCGGAUCUUCAGUUCCAGCGAUGAUGAGGAGCUAGAAGGGGCCUUGGAGCUUUGCAGAGAACUCAAGAAGAGAAAGUAUUUCACUGAUACCAAAAGCUUUUCCCUCAAAUGCAACAUCUGCAAAACCGGUCUCAAGGGUCAAAAGGCCGCUGUGGCGCAUGCGAAAAGCACAGGGCAUAUGGAUUUCGGGGAGUACUAGAGCGGGGUGCGUUGGCUCUGUUUUAUUAGCUUGGAAAGCGGUAUAAAUACCAGGUCUUCUGUAUCUUUUUUUAUUAUUAUUAUUUUAUUUCCACGCUUGUCAGAUGUAGAGAUGCAUCGGUAGAUAGACUAAUUUUACUGGCUCAAA